GAAAAUUUGAAACUUCCUGUGAUUUAGAAACUCACAUUGGACAGAAAACCUGCAACAACAAUGGCGGCAUUUUCUAUCCACAGGGACACAUUGUCUCUGUUCCUGUUCAUUUUUCUGGCAAAUCCCACAUUUUCUCUCCCUUCCCAAACCCUAAUCGGUAAUCCAAAUUUCGAUCCUCAGGUCGUUCUCUUCGGUGACGCCAAGCCAGCCAAUGGCGAUUCUCACGUGGUGCUCACAAGCCCAGAUGAUUCAAGUUCUGGUCUUAUUGUUCUAAAGGACCCCUUCAAGUUUAUGGAAGGUAAUCUGACCAAAGGUGUGUCUUUUUCCACGGAGUUUUUGUUUUCCAUUUCAGCUGGUAAUGGUGAUGGUUUAGCCUUUGUUGUUGUUCCUUAUGAUUUCCCGUCGAGAUUUGUAGGCCAGGGUUCUUUUGGGCUUUUGGGUGAAAAUAGGUUUCUGGGUAUUGAAUUUGAUACCAAAAUUGAUGGAAAUGUAGGUGAUUUGAAUGCAAAUCACGUAGGGGUUGAUGUUGAUACUCUUGAAUCUUUAUGGAUUAAGAAUAUCUCAUCUCUUAAUUUGGUGUUAAACAAUGGGGAGACAUUGAAAUGUUGGAUAGAUUAUGAUUCAAGCUCCAAAAGAUUAGAAGUUCGAUUGAGUAGAUCUGGUGACAAGAGGCCUUACAAACCCAUUCUUGCAUAUCAUAUCGAUUUGCUUGAAAUGUGGGGUGGUGAAGAUGUCUUAGUGGGUAUUGUAUCCACCAAUGGUGAUUCUUUACAGAGUACUAGUGUUUAUUCUUGGAGGUUUAGGUUAAGGAAGGUUAGUAGUUGGAUGCAUUCAUUGCCGGCAAAUCCGCAUGAUUAUGUGAAUACAGAUGGUGAGGAUCCAGGGGUUCACAAGAGGAGCUUUUGUGCUCUGACAAUCCUUGCUGGGGUAAUUUUUGCUACUGGAUGUGGAGCCUUGGUGGCCUUUGUUGGGUUGUUUAUGUGGGCAAUCUUUGUUAGUAGGCACACAGUGUUCCCAGUUGAGUAUCAAAAAGGUUCAACAGAUUUCAGGUAUGAAAAGAUCAAAGUGACCGUAGAGGACACUGAAGGUGAUAAGAAUUAGAGAAUGAAAUGUAUUGUCUUAUGUUGUUAACUAAUGUGAUAAACGUGUAUGCUUUUGUUAUAUAUCCUGUAUGUAGCUGAGUAGCUCUAAUGCAUUCUAGUUAACUCUCUUCUAGGCUAUAUUUAGAUGAAAGAAAUCUAUUUCACGAAUCAUGUUGUUGUGUUACUGUAUAAAUGUAUAACAUAUAACUCUUUGCAAAUGUCACUGCAAGCUAUAGUAUUGCUUGGAAUGCAUUAAAAGUUUGAUUCUUCU